UCUCAAAUCGACUGUUCGUCCCAUUUCGCCUACACCGGCAUACCACUCCAGUCCCGCGACUGAACGGCAAGGUUUCUUUGAGACGAAGACUAGCAUCAACCGCAAACAUGAAUGAGACGGCCGUUUCUUUCGCUAAGGACUUUUUGGCCGGUGGUAUUUCCGCUGCCAUCUCCAAAACAGCAGUCGCCCCCAUCGAAAGAGUGAAACUCCUUCUCCAGGUGCAACAUGCCAGCAAACAGAUCACAGCCGAUAUGCAGUACAAGGGCAUCAUGGACUGCGUCACCCGUAUUCCCAAAGAGCAGGGUUUCCUCUCAUUCUGGAGAGGUAACCUGGCCAAUGUCAUCAGAUACUUUCCCACCCAGGCCCUCAACUUCGCUUUCAAGGACAAGUAUAAGCAGGUCUUCCUUGAUGGCGUGGAUAAGCACAAGCAGUUCUGGAGGUACUUUGCUGGUAACCUGGCCUCUGGUGGAGCAGCUGGUGCCACCUCCCUGUGCUUCGUCUACCCCCUCGACUUCGCCAGAACACGUCUGGCCGCAGACGUCGGCAAGGCAGGUGCCGGGCGUGAGUUCAGUGGCUUGGGUGACUGCUUGAAGAAGAUUUUCAAGUCUGAUGGCCUCAAGGGUCUGUACCAGGGCUUCAAUGUGUCUGUCCAGGGUAUCAUCAUCUACAGAGCAGCCUACUUUGGUGUUUAUGACACAGCCAAGGGUAUGCUCCCAGAUCCUAAGAACACACACAUUAUUGUCAGCUGGGCGAUUGCUCAGACUGUCACUGCAGUUGCUGGUUUCACUUCCUACCCCUUCGAUACCGUCCGUCGUCGCAUGAUGAUGCAGUCUGGCCGCAAAGGAGCUGACAUCAUGUACAGUGGCACCAUUGACUGCUGGAAGAAGAUUGCUCGUGAUGAGGGUGGCAAGGCCUUCUUCAAGGGAGCCUGGUCCAACGUUCUCCGAGGAAUGGGUGGUGCCUUUGUGCUGGUGUUGUAUGACGAGUUGAAGAAGGUCCUCUAAAUAGAUUUUUAGGUCCAACGUAAAUGUUGAAGUGUUCAACACUGUAACAUCUUUUGGAAGGACUCUUAAAUUCCGCCUUAUUUAUCGGGACCAACUAGUAUAUCAGUGCUAGUUGUACUUUGGAAAUCCGUUUAGCUCUUUUCUUUUGGCCCAUGUUUGUUUGUUUUGUUCCCCUCACAAUUGGAAUGUCAUUCUUCGUAUAAAGAAACCUUUGCUGGAUGGAAAGUUUCUACCAGAUUGUCUGUUUUAGAAAAAAAAUUAAUGCAAUAAAGGAAACCUACUGAAUGAAACCACA